AUGGAGAGAGACAAGGCGAAAUAUUUUCUCUAUUUUUACGCCGUGUUGACGGCCGUGAAAGAUUUUAAGCAGCAAUUUGGCGGUUUUUCUGAAGACAAGCUGCAUGUAAUGGUCCUAGGUGCUGGACGGGGAAGGCUGGUUGAUUAUUGCCUAGAUGCGAUUCGUGAGAACAAUGUGAAAGGUUUGGUACACGUCAUUGAAGUUAACAACACCGCGAACAAGUUACUGCGGGAAAAAUAUGCUGGAAACCCCGCGGUAAAAGUUUAUCGACCCGUUGUUAUCCGCGACGAAGAUGAGAUUUUGCGCGCGGCUGCUAAAAACCGGUUGGAGCCAGAUUUAACUGAAUUGACUGUUUUGAAACCUGUCCGCCUCAUUGUUUCUGAACUUUUUGGUUCUUUCGGCGACAACGAAUUCGUAUCUGAAAUUCUUUCAGCAGCAACUGGCCUUUUCGGAUAUCGUGACCAAAAUAACGUAAUUAGCUGUAUCAGUAUCCCUGCUUCAUAUACAACUUACGCCUGUGCUGUUUCUUCACCAAGUUUGGAGGAAUAUUUUAAAAGUAAGCCUGUACACUUAAGUGUGCUUGGCUUACCAACGGAUACAGUAUUCUUAUCAGACCUAAUUACAUUGUAUACUUGCGAAUGUACUUGUCCGUCACCGAUUCUCUCAUCUAGUUUUAAGCUACCGACUGCAAAAACCGACUGUACAGUUGCUAAAGUUACCGGGUUUGCUGGAUAUUUUCGUGCCAAGUUAUACAGGGACAUUUACAUUGAUACACGGCCCGGUUCGUCUCAGAACACAUAUUUUUGGGAGGCUGCAUUUUUCCCUUUGGGUAACUCAUCAGAAAUUAAGGAACCAAUCGAAUCAGUUAAAAUUUCAAGAAAAUGUACAAGAAAGGCGAAUCAUGAUUUAUUAAAAAUAAGAAAUCCAGUGUAUGAAAUGUGGUAUGAAUGGUUGUUAAUAUACAACGAUAAAAAUGAUUCUGUGACCAAAGUUUUUAACGAAAAAGGUUCCAAACACAAAUUGCACUUGUGA